GUUUCACAUCAUCAACCAAUUGACUUCAUUCAUGUUUAAAAAAAAAAAAGAAAAAGAAAAAGAUUGUUGAAUAUAUACCUUGUAACACACUAUAAUGUAAAUUAUAAUUACAUAGUUCUCAUAUUCAAUACUUUAAUAUAUCUAUCAAUUUACCUACCUACCUCACCUAGCAAGGUAGACAACGUGCCCCAAAAUGUCCGUUACAACAAAUCCCAAGGCCAUGCGGGCCUGGACCUACACCUCAGCAAGCCAAGGCCUAGAGAAGAGCGUCAAGCUAGUUGAGGACGCCUCCCCGCCCUUCCUCCAGGAGCUUCCGGCCGACGGCAUCCUCGUCAAAGUCCGCUACAGCGCCCUCAACCCGGCGGACCACAAGAUCCCCGAGCUAGGCCUCCUGGGACGCGUGAUCGUCUCCGUCCCCGCAACCCCGGGCCUGGACUUCGCCGGGGUCGUCGUCCGCAUCGGCGAUGCCAUCCCCGACGACGCCUUCCUCGUCGGCGACCAGGUCUUCGGACGGAUAGCCCCCGGCCAGCACGGCACCCUCGGCGAGUACGUCUGUGCGCGGAUGGACGGGUGCGCCGUCCUGCCCAAGGGCGUCUCCCUCGAGGAUGCCAGCUGCAUCGGCACGGCCGGGCAGACGGCAUACCAAUGCAUUGUGCCGAACGUCAAGGAAGGGGACAAAGUGUUCAUCAACGGCGGCAGCGGCGGAACAGGGACGUUCGGGAUCCAGAUUGCCAAGGCCGUCGGUUGCUUCGUGACGGUCUCCUGCUCCGCAAAAAACGCUGAUCUGUGCCGCAGCCUCGGCGCCGAUGAAAUCGUCGACUACACGACCGAGGACGUGAGCCAAGUCCUGAAGUCCAAGGGCCCCGUCUACAAGCUGGUCGUCGACAACGUCGGCAGCUCGCCACGGGACCUUUUCAAGGCCGCCGACCACUUCCUGCUCCCCGACGGCAAGUUCGUGCAGAUCGGCGCGGGGCUGUCGUUCGGCGACAUCACGGCCACGGCAUCGAGGAUGAUGCUGCCGACGUAUCUGGGAGGUGGCAAGAGCCAAUACCAGUGGGUUGUUACCGAGAACCACCACGAGCACCUAGAGAAGCUGGGAAACUGGAUGAAGGAGGGCAAGAUAAAGGUUAUCAUUGACGAGGUCUUCGAGUACGCGGAAGUACCGAAGGCGGUCGAGUUUCUAAAGAAGGGGCAUUUGAAAGGGAAGAUUGUCGUGCGAGGAUGCACUUGAUGGGUUUAACAGACUUAGAAAUGGAUGACUGAUUGACUGGAUGGGAUUGGGUAAUACUUAGUUUGUAGCUGGCUAUUUGGAAAUGAACAAAAUCUUUGAAACUUACCUAGGUGUUUUGUGAUCUGGAACCCCGUUCCUUCUUUUUGGUUCAAGAGAUACUAGAACGAUGCUCAUUUUACUUAGAUGCUCGAAAGCUUUUCUGUCAUCCAAGUCGGUGAGUACCUAGGUAGCAACAAACUCGGUCCAUAAAACAGGUAUCUAACAUUUCAUUUUGGUGUUUGAG